UCCUUCUUCGUUCUUCCUCCGUCCCCCACUUUCUCAGUUGCAGAAGAAAGCAGGUCGAAAACGCGGCGUUUUUGCACCGUAUCGUCUUCGUCAGCCGUACAGGAGGACAGCAGGAGGGGCAGGAGCAAUGAGAGGGUUCAGCUCAAUCUCUCGCUCUCUGUCGGUUUCUCGGAGAAUCUUCUGUACUGCUCCUACGGGGGCACUCCGGUUCUACUGCAACCACCGGCCGGCGAAACGAGCAGGGCCACUCAUGCAAUACAGGGACCUCGUAAAGCAAGGGAAGCUACAGCACGACCCUGACCAGGAAAAGGUUGCUCUGGAACUGGAGAAUCUACUCGGGAGGCUUCAGCAAUAUGAGAAAGAUAUGGAGGAAUAUCAUGUGAAACUAGCUGAAUGGGAGAACAGGAGGGAGAACGAGCGCCACCGCCUUCUGGUGGAAGAAGCUGAAAUGAAGCAGCGAGGGGAUGUAUGGGCAUCAGUAAACAAGCAUCGGAGUAAACUCAUCGAGAGAUGGACGUUUAGGGGGCUUUUGCAGGAAAAAAAUAUUGAACCUGGAGUUGGAAAAUGGGUUUCUUAUCUUAAUCGGGAGAAGAAGUUGGAUACGAUUGUUGGUCGCCGUCCAGCGGCUCCUCCUGCUCCCAAAGGGCUUUAUCUUUUUGGCAAUGUCGGUAGUGGGAAGACAAUGCUUAUGGAUAUGUUUUAUAGUGCCACGAAAGGAAUUGUGAAACACAGAAGGCGAUAUCACUUUCAUGAGGCGAUGCUAGAGAUCAAUGCACAUAUGCAUCAGAUUUGGAAGAAGCAAGUCGAGGAAAAGUCUUUCCAGUCAAGCAUCUCAAGCUGGUUGCAGACAAGUUUCUCAUUGAUGGGCAAGAGGAUCAAGGAGGAGCUAGCAUACUUUGCUUUGAUGAGAUUCAGAUUAUUGAGUACCGGAACAGUUCUUGUGGCUACCAGUAACCGAGCACCAGAGGAUUUAAAUCAAGAUGGUAUGCAGCGGGAGAUCUUUCUGAAGUUUGUUGACAAAUUGCGAGAACAUUGUGAUAACAUUCUGAUUGGAAGUGAAGUUGACUAUAGACGUCUAAUUGCACAAAGAUUUGUUUAUCAGAAUCAUUUUUUCUGGCCUUUGGGUGGAAGUGCUGAGGAAGAGUUCCAAAAAAUGUGGGUUGAGAUCACAAAUGAGUCGGGAGGGAAAAUUAUUUCAGAAACAAUACCCGUGAUGUUUGGGAGGACUCUGGAGGUUCUGAAAAGCUGUAAUGGCAUAGGGCAGUUUGAAUUUGAGUAUCUAUGUGGUAGGCCGGUUGGGGCUGCAGAUUAUAUUGCAAUAGCUAGGAAUUAUCAUACUGUGUUCAUAUCUGGUAUUCCAACGAUGAGCAUGAGAAUCCGCGAUAAGGCAAGAAGGUUCAUCACUCUUAUUGAUGAGUUAUACAAUCAUCAUUGCCGCCUAGUUUGUUCUGCAGCUUCUUCUAUAGAUGAUUUAUUCAAAGGGACAGAAGAGGGUAGAUUGUUCGACUUGGAGAGCUUUCAAUUUGAAACUGAGAUAGAAGGCAGUAAGCUUCGAAGAGAUGUCUUAGCAGAAGGCAGUGUGAGUUCUGGAGGUGUACCAACUGGAAUUAUUUCUAUGUUGUCUGGUCAAGAGGAGAUGUUUGCAUUCCGUCGUGCCGUGUCCCGGUUGAUCGAAAUGCAGACACCUCUAUAUCUGGAGGGUGUUCGCGCUCUUCAUCCUUAUUUCCAAAGAUGACAGCAAGAUUCUUGAAGCAUGUGCUUCACGAUCAGCGGAAGUAGCAACGACAGGCCUGCAUUCAUUCGAUCUCUGAUGGAUUGAAAUGUUCUAAAGCUUGAAUCUUUUCUUCUGUGUAAAGUAAUUCAAGCCAUUUUUUUAGUGCAAAUAAGCUGUAGAAUAGAUUCUCUCUUCCUCAUUGUGAACAUGUCUUAUUUAUCAAACGAAUAGGACUCACCAAUGUGGUUCAUUCGCCUGUUGGUGUUGGUCUAUAACAUUAUUUGAUCUGCCAUCUGCAGUGUAGUUCAUUCAGUAUUAGUUUUCAUGUACUUUUGUCUGUUGUCAUAAAUUUUCUUAACACAUCACCCUGUAAUUGGGCAUUGCUGAAUGGGAUAUUACUUGAUAAACCUGGAUUAAUUGAGAGACGGUUAUUUUUUUUCCUUAUUAUUCCACUAUAUAUCAUGACAGUUAUGGCCCUGUGGAGCAUACAUAAUCUUUCUGCUUCUGCUAUUGCACAAUUUCUUUGGCUACAGAUAGAUGCAUUUGAGGAGCUCUGAUACAUUUGAAGAGCUGUAUUCAUACAGGGUACUUUGAGAUCGCAUUGAAAGCUUUAUUGGACAGAAGGAGAGUUGCUGGACAUGGGCUGGUCCGACACAAAUCGACAACGUUCACUGCUAUGAAACCAUCCUUGCAUGGUCUUCUCUGGCCGCUGAUGCAUCUCAUCCGGUACCUCCUUCCGCAGGCAGCUCCAUUGUCCCACAACCCCUCGCUGGCCGCUACAAAGAAGCCCCCUUCAGGGAACUGGGUCUGGUCAUAUCCCUUGCAUUUCGUCGCUUUAUUAUAUCAUGAAGCAAUUACAAAAGUAAACAGGAAGUCAGGUAGAAGCAGUGGCUCUUAACCUGUUGUUUGGAUGAUGGCUUUUUCCUGAUCUUGCAAGUUGCAUGUGAAAUGCUUUGAGAGUUUUCCAUGAUACAGUGAGAUGACAAGAAUUGAUAGUCCAUGACGUUUUGUAGAAAGAACUGGUUGGGCUAAGUCCUUUUUGAGAAUUACGUAUGUUAAGUUUCCAUCUUCAUUAGUAGACUGAGUGAUCUCAAAAAGAAGAAAAAUAUUUCUCUGAAACAGUAUCCUCUAUUAAACGAUGAUAUCUUCAUGCUGCAAUGCCUUAGAAGAAAAAUAAGAGGAAAGAAAAAGAGAAACAAUCGAAUGUUUGCUACGUACGCAAGUAUGGCGGAUCAUAUGAAGUGGCUGUUCCGACAUCCCCUAGAACUCCCAAAAAUGCAUAGCACGAGCACAGAAUAGUUAGAAUGAGCAUAAAUGACCUCAUGUUGCUCUUGUUUAAGGUAUGCAAGAAGAUUUCCCUAUGCAAAUACUUUGCUUUCUUAAUGAUGGGGGUAUCUGCUUGCUCAAACUUAUAUUUAUAAGAGCUUGUGCGUUAUUUUGAGCUGAUCUUGUCCGAGAUCACUUUCCGUUAUUCACUUGACCUUGUAUAGUUGGAGUUGAUGUCAUGCGCAUGUUGUCCUUAACUUAGAAAGUGGAGGCUUACACAUUCUGAAACAGGUCAAGGCAUUCUAGGACUUGAAUUGCUGUAAAGUUAAAGUUUAGAGAGUCCGCAGCAUUAUCUUGUGAAUCAUUAAGUUAAGCAUGUGAGGAAAUUGCUGAGAUGAAAAGUUAGUGGUGUACCAACUUUUUCUUAAACAUGAGUGUGGCUUAUCAUGGUCAUCAUCAUUAUUUAAUAACUUAAACAAUAUGCUCGAAGUUGUCCUUUCGUCUCGCCUUUUUUCAAGCUUUGGGCACGUAGACCGCAUUCAUUAGGAGAUGGGGAGAUUCGGAGCUAGAGUAUUAAACUACUAAGGUGGCUGAACAGGCCACUCAUUGUCGUUCACACCUCUAUUUAAUUAUGCGGUUGGAUGAAAGCCGGCUGCUCUACAUUGCUAGGAAUGUGGUCCACCCCAAUCCCUGGUUUUGAACGCGGAGUAGGUUGGGAGUCCAAUGUUGGUUGAGUCGGUAGCAGAGACAGGCAUUAUUCAGUUUGUAGUGAUGGAAGAACAAUAUUGUGUUUUCGAUACCUUAUGAGUAUAUGAUGCAGAGAAGGUUAGGAGUCCAAUGUUGGUUGAGUCGGUAACAGGGAAAGGCAUUAUUCAGUCUGCAGUGAUGGCAGAACAAUAUCGCGUUUUCGGUACCUUAUGAAUAUAUGAUGCAGAGAAGUUGCAGUAUCAUCAUCUGGUGAAAUGUCUCCUUUAUGUGUUUUUUCGGGUUAAAUAAUCCUGCCUUAUUAAUUGUUAUCCUCAGAGUAACCAUUCUCAGGUGGUGUCUGGUCUGGGGACUAACCAUCUUUCUGACGCUUAUCAGUGUUGUUAUGGAUAUAUUAACAGUCGGAUGAAACAAAGGAGCCAGGAUAACUGAAUGUUUUCGGUCUCUUCAAGUCCAUGACGCCUCAUGGAGGAUUCUUGCAGCAUGUUUCAUGCAGUCGCAACAACAAUUCCAUAAACAUUACUAUGCCACGGGCCGGUUGUUUGCAGCAGAUCUCUUGGUUUGCUUUCAAAUAAUCUCUGUAGAUGGCGAGAUCAGAAGACAUGGAUGAGGCUAGCUACCAUAGAAUAAGAGGCAUAUGUAUGCAGCCCGCAGUCAAUAGCCGAGAACAUGUUAUGGACUUUUUGGUCGUGCAUAUAUUCCAAGCAAAACCAUAUAAUCAAUGCCCAUCCGGAUCUCUUAAAACACAUCCUGCCCCUGCAAGUCGGGUUUUCAGUUUCACCGUGAAGUUCCUUCGGUCUGUUCACAUUAAUCCAUACAAUAUAUUUUCGAUCAAA